UUUUUUAGUGAUCUUGAUGCUAAAAGAGACGUAAAGUUUGAAGAAGGUCUUGCAUUUGCUCAAGAGCACGGGCUUGUAUUUAUGGAAACGUCAGCAAAGACUGCAGCUAAUGUUGAAGAGGCGUUCAUAAACACAGCAAAGGAAGUUUAUAAAAAGAUACAAGAUGGAGUUUUUGAUAUAACAAAUGAAGUAAGUUUAGCUAGCCUAUUACUGUUUGGCCAGUAUCUACCAAAUGUGUACAUGUAUAAUGUUAUUUUACAUGUACAUAUUACUAACUUAAAUGAAUUACCGUAUAGGAUUACUAUCACUGUAACAAUACAGAAUAAUGGAGAAGACUUUUACAAUCCUUACCUGAACAUUACUAUACCUAAAGCUAACUUGAAACAUGUGGCAAAUACUGAAGAUCAAUGCAAUGACACUUCUAUAAAUUCACUUGUCUCAACUGUGAUCUGUGUCAAUGUUCUUCCUUCAAUACUCACCUCAAGGCACGGCCCAAUAAACUAUGUCAUUAAAUUAGAUGUAGUAGAUAUUGAUGGUAAUGUGGAUAGCCUUCCCAUUAAAGUAUCUGUUAAGAAUCCUGAUGAGACUUACAGUCGAGAAGAUGUGGUUAAUAAUAAUAAAGUGUAUUUGAGUUUAGAUGUUGUGGCCAUUUCUACAUACAGGACUGAAAUUCUGUGGUCUGCAAGGCAGAUAUAUUACAAUGGAAGUGGCUCUACUUUUAUUAACAGCAUUGCCAGUUCACCUGGAUCACAACUCAACCUAACAACUGCUUUGUUAAAAACACUUGGAGCUCAAAUAAGAAGUGGCAUAAUAGCAAUAUACAUACUAGCCAGGAGCAAUGAGAAUGAAAAGUACUUCUAUCCAGCAAGUAUAAUUGCAAGUAAUAAUGUUUCCUGUGAUGAGUCACAACUCAGUUCUCAAGGUUUCACGUAUGUAAUGGACAGACUGCAAAUGGACACUGGAUCUAAUGAACAUAAGAGAUCAGCAGGUGGACUUCAUCCUGGUCUCAAUACUAGACAGUCAACUACUGGAGCAAGGGGUUGCGCUGGGUCAGGCACCACUGGCUGUAUUACUAUUGUAUGUAACUUUACUUCAUUGAAGGAAAGAAUUGAAUUGACUAUCACUGGAUAUUUGAAUGAAAGAUUCUUCAAUGGUAAAACUGAAUUAUACCAGUUGUCAGCUUUUGCUCAAGUUAAUGUCACUGAUGGAUCAACCUUCACUUCAAACGACUCUAUCACUGAAGCAGUGAGUAUUAUUAGUGUGAUAAGACUAAAUGAUAAUACAGAGGCUGAGCUAGGAUUACCAUGGUAUAUUCUUUUAUUUCCCAGUCUAGCUGCUCAGCUAGUCUUUGUCAUAAUCCUGACACUACUUUGCUUUUUGGGUUUCUUUAAAAGAAAGAAGUAUCAUAAAGUUGAAGUGGCUGGAGAUGAAACACUAACAUUUGAACUUAGUCCAUUGGAAAUAGUUGGAGAAGAGAAUGCAGAAGUUGCUCCCCAAAUUAACUAGAUACAUAAUACUAUAUUUGUCUAAUCUUAUCCUUUAUUCUUUUUAGUAUAUACAUGCACUCU